AUGCGGCUUUUUCCCGUUCGACGUUCAGCCCUUGCCCUUCGAGCAGCUUCGCCGGCGUUCACCGCCCGUCAUCACCACCUCCGAGAACAACACCAGUCCGACCGAUUCUCCGGCCAGCCUCCGCCGUGCAGCCCCGCCGUUUGCGCGUCCUCCCUGUCCGCCAACAACCCUACUCAGCCGCGAUGCAGCAGCGAGUCCCCGACCAACCCACCCCCACGCCGUUACUCCUCUCAGCCGCCUCCGCCGUUUCUCUGCAACGAACCCGCCGGCACUCGCAUAGACGCGAAUCGCCGUCGCCCAGGAGUCCCGUCCUCCAGCCUUGUGAACAGCGCCGAAAAUCUGAAAAUCAGUGGCGAACCUGGGAGUUCAGGUCGAGAAGACGGUGAUUGA